UCUGUGGGAGAAGAUGAUCUGCAGGAUCCUUCUGCUCAUCAGCCUGACCUCCUGUGUCUCUGGAACAUUUAAAGUGAAAGUGAAACAGACCUCCUAUCAGGCAGAGGAGAACCACAACAUCACACUGGAAUGGAUGUUUACAACCAAACCUGACAGUUCCUCCACCUCACUGAUCAUCUACUGUGACAUGUUCACUGAUCACAAUGUCUCAGUCCUGUAUCAUGUACAUGAGGGUGUUGAGGUCCCAGAGUCUCAGGAUGAACAGUUUGCAGGACGAGUUCAGAGUGACAAAGACGCCCUCAGAGAAGGACGAAUCAGACUUCAUAUGUCCAGACUCAGGACUGAAGACUCGGGUCUGUACAUAUGUGAAGUGAAAACAGAUGAUGGUGUGGGCUCUGACAGAUGCCUCCUCAAUGUCACUGCAGCUGUUGAUCAGCCAGAACCUCAGAAACCUACUGAGAGACCACAACCAGAGAGUCAGGGAAGGAUCGGCCUCUAUGUUGGACUGACAGCAGCUGGACUCGCUGUCUGUGCUGGACUCUGCUUGGCCUUCAGACGUUAUUUUACUAAACCUCUUAGUAAGACAGAUAACACGGCUGCAGAAGAAUAG